GAACGUUUAAACAACGGUGACCUUUCGAUCAUCGUAAUCUAGCCGCUUGCUGUGCUGUGAUUGAUAGGCUAUAGGCCACCAUGCAUGCCUUUCUGUUAAUCAGCCACAUAAACAAUGACGAAUAAUGCAAGAGCAGAUUCAAAACAGUUUAUUACUGAACUUUUGAAAGUUUAAGAUUGUGUGUUCACUGUGUUGCAUCUAAUAACCAGUGACCAUCAGUUUCGAAUUGUCCCUAAAAACAGUGUAAGUAUUUUAAAAUAACCACAGCAAUGUGCGGCUGUAUAUAUAUUUGUCAACUGAACCCGUCAAAUUAAGUAACAUGAGCACUGCGUGUACUCGUGAUUAACGUCUAUCCAUUGUGUCGUACUGCUACAGUUGUCUACGGUAUAUCUGCAUCGCCUGGAAGUUUAAUGUAGAUACGACGUGAAAUUCGCAAAUGAAAUGUUACUUUCGGCUUCAUUUAUUACUACUUUUAUGACCAUCCACCUACACACAUCAAAAGCGGUCGGAAAACUGGAAGCGAUAAAUCGAAGACCUACAAGCGGGCCGGGAAAUCAUUCUGUACAAGCCAGGAGUGACUGGGAAGCAGUGAGUGCCAGAUGUUUUGUUACUGUUAAUACCUCAUCAACAUGUGAAUGCGGGAACACCUUGUCUACAUGUUGCUGUUGUUGGUACAUGACCGUUGAUUCGCCUACAUUUCUGGAGACUCCAGAAGAUCUUACUGCGUCGGACUUCGUGAAGGCUGUGCGGCGAUUUUACAAUUACAGAUCCUGUCGUCCACUGCAGACUGGAUUGCUGUCAGAACUGGAAACUGACCUUUUUGAAGAUGUCAUCCAUCGAUUUUUCCGCGUACCUCUUACGGUUGCUCAAGAAGCGGUCACUCUACAACCAAAUAUAUCCAUACAGUUCUGGUCAGGAGUGAUAGCAACGAUGACGACAUAUCACCGUUCGUGGCGUUCUUCAGUGAUUAACAAUUCCGGUGACACCUGGCCAGUUUUUGCGCAUCGAAUUGUCGACUUGUCUUCGAAUUGUAAGACCGUAAAAACAACAAGUCAGUCCUUAUAUGUUCUCGAUACAGCGACCUCUCAAAACGACGAUUUGUUUUCCGAUAACUGCGAAAUAGACUGGAUACAAAAUUCGCAAUCUAUUCUCUGUGCCGAAAUUGACACGGAGGUUUUAAAAAAUUUUUGCCGUUCACAUAAUAAUCUCAGCAGCUCUGAGCCGUAUUUGGCGAAUAUCCUAAUUACCGCAUCCGAGCGGACUUUUGUAGCAGAAAUCCCGACACAAAUUGUCCAGACAGAAUCCAUACUAGAAAUCGCUGCAACAACAAGUUGGACAAUUGGACUACUAUCCCCAUUCAACAACUCGGAUUUGCAGACGAACACCACAGGAUAUUUUUUGAAAGUUACCUUUCCGCUUUUUCUACUGCCAGAUUCGUUCCGAAGAUUGGAUAGCAAAACGGAAUACAGUCUCUUCUGCAUAAUGCUACCUCAAGGAGAAAAUUACUGGAGUGAACACGACUGUCAGUUAGCGAAGAUAAUUAACGUGGGCCACGGGAUCGUAACAUGUCAUUGCCGGAAAUUUGGCAUGUUAACAUUUGUGCUCGCACACAUCCGCAAUUCUCUCGGCGAAACUUCAAUGCCGGCUACUAAUACGGUUGCUGUGGACAUCACCACUACGAACGACCCAAUCCUUACGAUUUCGACAUCAGAAUUGUCAACCGAACCAGAUUUGUCUACCGCUACAGAAUCCUUGACCACACCAGCGCAGACAGUGACCUCCACGAUGACAACUGCAUCUCCUUUCAGCACAACAGUUGAAAUUACGGAACGGCCAGGUGACCCCUAUACUGUGUUAGAGUAUUACGCAAAUGUCACAAAUUUCGAGCAGUAUCCAGUACAAGCGAUAAAUGCCACCCUGGAAGCAGUGACAGAGUUAGCACAACAUCCUCCAAUCAGAUUUUCCGCUAUCGAAGAUGCCGUUGAUAUUAUAGACUUGUAUAUGCAUGCUAAUUUCACUGAUUCGUCCGUAAAUGAUGAUCCUUGGUUUGGACUAACGCUGGACGCGGUGGAUCUGAUUGUGACGAUCUGCGAUGCCAUAUUGGGAUUAGAUCUGAGUGGAGAAAUUGAGUCUCCGCAAUCUACCCAACAAGGCAACGAAGUGGCGACGUUAGUGCUAGACACCUUAGAAAAACUGCACACCAUCGCACCUCCGGGCGAAGAAGCAAAGGAAAUCUUUAAGGACUACAUUUCCGUAUAUAUUAAUGCCUUUAUUGUAAAUUCAACUAGCGAAUUUCAAUCUAUAUCUGCAACACUGAAACUAGUGGUGACCGUCGAAGAAAUCUUUCCUAAUCAUACUAUGGAUGCAUACUUUUCAAAGUAUUCUCUGGACGAGAUUUUUAUGGGAGUUUCGCGCCUGGAACUCAAUGAAGAAGCAUUACGACAUGAAUUCAAUGACUUCGUGCAGUCCCUACCACCGAAUACAAAUGCCGUCUUUUCUUACUCCUUAAUGGCUCUACAGAAGUUUCGAAUUUGUAAAUUUGGAGAUCCUUUGGAAAUGCCAAAGCGUAAUGCUAGAAGGACCGGAUCCGUAUUAGUUUCCGCAGCAAUCCAAAACACUUCCCGGUCUCACAAAGAGAUGGUGUCCAUUACACACAAAGUGGACAAUCUUUUCAAAGGCAGAAUUUCUGGCCGCAAAGAGCAUCGGUGUGUGUAUUUGGAUUAUAAAAAAUCUUUGCAUGACCCGAAUGUAUCCGCAAGAUGGUCCACUGAAGGAUGUUUUCUUAACCACAAAAAUUCAACGUGGAAAGAAGGAACAAUUGUGGAAUGUGUCUGCAAUCAUCUCACACCGUUCACAAUGUUGCUUGACCUUUGCGGAAGCAUCGUUAGCGGCGACAAUCUGGACGACAGCAGCUAUUAUAAAGCGUUGGAGCCUACCAUUGUCACCAUGGCCAGUCUGAGUGUUUCGAUUAUUUGCUGUUUUGUCAUUGCUUGUCACCUACUAUGGGCAGUGUGGCAAAAAUUUAUUGGAUUGACGCCCCGGAAUUUCACCCGACUAAACCUGGUCCUUAGCAUUUUCCUGGCUCACACAUCUUUUCUCUUGACGUACAUCGCGCUCGAAGGAGAGAGUGAAACGGGUUGUUUAAUCAUGGCUCUUAUAUGCCAUUGGCUGAUGCUAGUUGUGUUUGCUUGGAUGGGAAUCGAAGCUUAUCGCAUGUUCCUACCUACUUUAAAAUCCAAAUUUUGGACAGCUACCGAAGAAAACAAAGUGAUACCUGGUGAUAACUAUCGCGGUUUUAGAUGGAAAGCCUGGUGCAUUGCAUGGAUGUUGCCUCUCAGUUUACCAUUUAUUGCGGGACUCAGUCAUAUAGACAGCAUGGAAAAUUCAUUUAAAGGCAACGCUUACGACGUGGAGGAAAGAUGGUGCUGGCUCGAUCCCGAUCACGUUGUUUUUGCUGCAGUGACCUUUCUCGUGCCGAUAACGGUGGUAUCGGCGUGCAACAUUUUGGUGCUAACUGUCUACAUACGGCAUCGGAUUAACACACAGCAAAAGAUUACUAUCCAACGAACUUUGCGGCAAGAUUCUCCUCAGCGACUUAGCAUUAUAAAUCUUGUUGGCACUACAGGGCUGCUUGGAGGAACAUGGCUUCUGGGAUAUUUUCUUCUUUUCGUAUGCAGCGUUGAUGAUAAUAUCAAAAUUGGUCUUGGAUGCCUUUACAUCGUCCUCAGCGCUGCGCAGGGAGUUUUUAUCCUCGCUGUACAUAUCAGAGGAACUGUUGCUGGUUCUUUUAGAAAACGGGAAAGAGUUACGAAAAGAGCUGUUAUAAAACAUAAGUCCAACGAUUCAAAUGAUUUUCUUGGACCGGAUCGAAUGGCUCUGACCUUGGCAUCCUCUUUGUCGCAUGGUCAGCAAUCGAACGAAACAAUCUUGACGGAAAUAGAUUCCGUUCUGCCGGAAAAUGCAUCUGAAGGCGUGUCAAAAAAUUCUGGAACUCGUGUCUUUCUAAUUAACUCCGAAAGGGAGGAAGAAAGUUCUUUGCCGGAAACUACCAUAAUGUAGCGAAACGUUGACAAUAUUGGUGAAACGAUUGUCAACCGCGGAUACUGGUUGCGUGUUUUGUUCUGCCGGAAAUAUGCAUCUGUUGCAACUCUUGUCCAGCCGCCGCUGAUUCAGGAUAUAUAGCGCGAAAAUAAAAAG